AUGCGUGUUGUAGGUACCGUCGGUUCCAAGAAAAAGAAAAAAGGAAAACAAGAUGCGGAUGGGGCAACUGGACAGAUAGAAGACGUAGACUACGAGGAGCCACUGCCAGUGAAAGGGCAUAAGCGUGAGGAUGAGCGUGGGGGAGAGCGUGAGGGCAGGCGUGAGGGCAGGCGUGAGGGCAAGCGUGAGGGGAGGCGUGAGGGGAGGCGUGAGGAAGAGCGUGAGGAAGAGCGUGAGGAAGAGCGUGAGGGAGAGCGUGAGCGAGAGCGUGAGGGAGAGCGUGAGGGAGAGCGUGAGGGAGAGCGUGAGGGCGAGCGUGAGGGCGAGCGUGAGGGAGAGCGUGAUGUGAAUCGUGAUGCAUCUUCUCCCUCUACUCCAGCAGGUGCUCGACCGGAUGGUGCAGAGAAUGUUCGUGGGCAUGGGGGGAGUGGGAGAGAGAGCCGUGGCGGGGAGAUGGAGGAUCAGAAGGGGGUGUCAGGGAGAGUGAAGUCACGGCGACGCAGGGCUGGAAAGAAAGCCCCUGUCAAGGAGGAAUCUUCCGAAGGCGAGGACAGCUCGGAUGAGGAAUCGGGGAGCUCCUCCGGGAGUGAGGAGAGGUACGACGAGGAUGAAGAAAGUGAGGACGAUGAAUCGGUGUCCGAGAGUGAUGACGAAGAUAUGAGAGGGCGGAGGGCACGGGCAGGUCAGGAGAACCGUAGGGAGAACAUUCGUAGGGGGAAAUUGGCAGCAUCGAACGAUCCAUAUACUGCCCUCGCCUCUGGGUCUGGACUGGGAAGGAGUGCAUCACGGUUUCCUGAUCGUAGCGUGGAAGCGGAGGCUGAUCUUCAGCACAACAUUACUCGUGAGGCAAGUGGUGGUGAUGAUCCGGCAAGUGCAGGGGGGCAAUGGGUGAAAGAUCGUGAUGCUGGUGGGUUUGGUGCUUGGGGGAUGGACGAAGAGAAGGCUGGAACUUCAGACCCUGCGACUGCAGGCCCGUCAGAUCCGGCGAGAUACAGUUCCAAGCCCGACAGCGCGACCGGCGUGGACGACCCCCUGAGCACAUGGGGGAAUGCUGAGGAUGGUGGCCUCCCGUUUGGCAAUGACAUCUUCUUCAACGCAGCUAUGGAUGCUUUCGGAGAAUUCAGCGUGGGAGACGACUUGUGCUUGAAGGCGUAUCACAUCGCCUGGACUAUCAUGGUGGCCCAGACCACAGCCCCGCAAUCCGGCAGAGAGGGUGGCGGCAGGACCGAUCUAGAGAGAAAAGGGGGAGGAGCAGCAGGGAGGAAGCAGCAGGGAGCGAGCAGCAGGGAGGGAGCAGCAGGGAGGAAGCAGAAGGGAGGUUGCAGCAGGGAGGGAGCAGCAGGGAGGAAGCAGCAGGGAGGAAGCAACAGGGAGGGAGCAGCAUGGAGGAAGGAGCAGGGAGGAAGCAGCAGGGAGGAAGCAGCAGGGAGGAAGCAGCAAGGAGGGAGCAGCAGGGAGGAAGCAGCAGGAGGUUUCAUCAGGGAGGGAGCAGCAGGGAGGAAGCAGCAGGGAGGAAGCAACAGGGAGGGAGCAGCAUGGAGGAAGCAGCAGGGAGGAAGCAACAGGGAGGGAGCAGCAGGGAGGGAGCAGAAGGGAGGUUGCAUCAGGGAGGGAGCAGCAGGGAGGAAGCAGCAGGGAGGAAGCAACAGGGAGGGAGCAGCAUGGAGGAAGCAGCAGGGAGGAAGCAACAGGGAGGGAGCAGCAGGGAGGGAGCAGCAGGGAGGAUGCAGAAGGGAGGAAGCAGCAGGGAGGAAGCAGCAGGGAGGAAUCAGCAGGGAGGCAGAGGAUUAA